AUGGCAUACAUCAAACAGAAAAGUCUCUGUCUAAACUGUUUCGCAAGAGGUCACCAACUCCGAGAGUGUACGAGUGCGCACAAUUGCUUUACAUGCAAAGGGCGGCACAACACUCUUCUCCAUCGGGGUGACAGUGCCCACAAUGGUGCCUCUUCUUCUUCUUCCAAUAUACAGUCCACUCCAAAUCCAACGGCAACCAAUGUGCAGAAUUUCUUUGCCAAUAAUGCUCAGAAUGUCCUUCUCGGCUCGGCGGUCAUCAAUGUUUGCCACUUGGGCACUACAUAUACCGCACGUGCGCUAAUUGAUUCCGGGUCCGAAGCGACCUUCAUUUCUGAGCGUUUGUUCCGACGCAUUAAGUUGCCUUUCCAGUCCGUGCGAGCCCAGGUAUCCGGGCUAAAUCACGCAGUUGCGGCCCAAUCGCAGAAGUUAUGUCACUUCAGCAUUGGUUCUCCGACGAAGCCGAGGCUCCAUAUCGAGACUUCGGCAUUCGUAAUUCCACAGUUGGCAGGCAAACUGCCCUCCUUCGAUAUGCCGCGAACUUUCCUAAAGGAUCUACCAGCGAUAGAGCUGGCAGAUCCACACUUCUACAAGAGCGCUCAGAUCGAUAUACUAAUUGGCGCGGAUAUCCUUCCGUCGGUCAUCUUGAGCGGCUCCCGGCCAAACAAUUGUGGCUCACUCCUUGGGCAGGAAACCGUGUUUGGCUGGAUUCUUACCGGCCCAAUCUCCCAGAGUAUGUCGACAACUGUUUCUGCGUUUCGACAAGAGUCGCCCUCCAAGCAGACGAACAGCUCGACAGCCUACUUUCCAAAUUUUGGGAGGUGGAGGAUAUUCCAGCGAAGCAUAAAGGAGUCAGACUUCGUUUGCGAAGAAAACUUCGUUAAGACUACUUCUCGUAGCAAAUGUGGUAGAUAUCGGGUGACUCUUCCAUUCCGGAAGCCCGAUGGCAUUGAACUGGGUCAUUCCAGAUCUAUAGCGCUGGCUCAAUUUCUCAAGAACGAGAAUCGUUUGUCAAGAAACGAUUCUCUAAAGGAACAGUACAAUGCCGUUCUCCAGGAGUACGUGGACUUGGGUCAUAUGACACCCAUAUCGCCUCAGGCGAUUGUCACGACUCCUAAUUUCUACCUGCCUCACCACGCCGUUUUCAAACCAGAUAGCACCACAACGAAGGUGCGGGUCGUUUUCAACGCAUCUUGUCCAUCCUCGAAUGGCAAGAGUCUGAAUGAUAUCCUUCAUUCAGGGCCCAUUCUCCAAUCGGAUCUCACGUUACAGAUCCUCAGAUGGCGAUACUAUCGAUAUGUGUUCAAUGCGGACAUAACGAAGAUGUAUCGCCAAAUCCUCAUGGACUCAAAGCACACACCGUUCCAACGAAUUCUGUUCCGCACGUCGGACGGUGAGAUCCGUGACUUUGAGUUGAACACAGUGACAUUCGGUGUCAACUGUGCGCCUUUCCUGGCUCUACGAGUCCUCCAGCAACUUGCUGAUGACAUACGCUUGGAGUAUCCUCUCGCAAGCCGAGUCAUUUCCAACAACAUGUACGUGGACGACGUCCUAGCGGGGACACACACAAGAGAAGAGGCCAUCCGGACCAUUGCGGAAGUGUGUGCAGCCCUGGACAGCGCUGGCUUCCCGCUGAGGAAGUGGACGUCGAACCAUAAGAGCGUGCUGAAGGACAUUCCAAAGGACCAUCUACUUCGAGAAGAUUUCCUUGAACUCGAAGACUCCAGUACGGCGAAAACUCUGGGCAUCAGGUGGCAAGCUCACGAUGACGAGUUCUUCUUCAUGCCACCCGAAGUUUCCCAUCAGGACUCCUACACGAAGAGGGAAGUGCUCUCGCAAAUCGCUAAGCUUUUCGACCCAGCCGGGUGGCUGGCCCCUUUCGUUAUCCGAGCCAAGAUCUUCAUGCAGGAGAUCUGGCUGAGAACGCUCGAAUGGGACGAGCAUCUACCCACGGAUCUUUCACUCCAAUGGAAGGAGUACCUCCAGAGCUAUCCUGCUCUGGGAAAGAUCCGGAUUCCAAGAUGGGUCCAAUUCCAGACACGAGUGAAGCUCCAGUACCACGGAUUCUGUGAUGCAUCAGAAAGGGCGUACGGAGCAGCGAUCUAUGUCCGUGUGGAGACGGCGAACAAGGUUUCCACGCAUCUCCUUACUGCGAAGACAAAGGUGGCUCCUGUCAAGUCUCUCUCAGUGCCACGUCUGGAGCUUUGUGGCGCCGUCCUGUUGGCUGAGCUAUCUGCAGCCCUCCUCCUGAAUCUGCCAGCAGAAAGUUUCCAGACUUUCUAGACCGACUCAACAAUUGUUCUCGCCUGGUUGAACAAGCCACCCUGCCGAUGGACAACCUUUGUGGCCAAUCGUGUGGCCAAGAUUGUCCAAGCCAGCGACGCCAAGAACUGGUCGCAUGUGCGAUCCGAGCACAAUCCGGCAGAUCUUGCAAGCCGUGGUGUCCUGCCACAAGAAUUGAUUCGUAAUCCUUUGUGGUGGCAUGGACCAGAGUGGCUUCAUCUCCCGUCGGAGCAAUGGCCAACAUCUCCAAGUCCCAUUCCGGAGACUCUGCUGGAGCAGCGGAUUAAGUGCAACGUCGCUAAGUUACCUCCGACUCCCGACUUCCUGAGCAAGUUCUCUGAGUUUGGCAGGGCACUGCGCACGUCUGCCUAUGUUCUCCGAUUCAUCGAUAAGAGUCGGAAGUUGGCAGUUCCAAGCUCUACCGUGGUCCAGGCGGAUGAGCUGUCACGGAUCCAAGAGCGGCUAAUCGUCAUGGCUCAACGACACACUUUCCAACAGGAAUACCAAUGUCUGCAGUCCAAGCAGCCGGUUCCUUCCUCAAGUUCAAUCCGAAAUUUGAACCCUUUCCUCGGGCAAGGGAUUCUACGGGCCUGUGGGCGUCUGAGGGCGUCCCACUCGCUGCGUUACGAUGAGAGUCAUCCAAUCAUCCUCUCGUAUUCCUCGUCCUUUGCACGACUACUGGUUCGUUUCACCCAUCGUAUAUCCUUACAUGGGGGUAACCAAGUCGUCAUGCGGCUGAUCCGUUCCAGAUUCUGGAUUCCAAAGUUGAAGGUCCUCGUUAAAUCCACCAUCAACUCCUGCAAGGUUUGCGUCAUCUACAAGAAGAGAUUGCAGACCCAAAUGAUGGGGAACUUGCCCAAGGAAAGGGCGUCCUACUCGAGACCGUUCACGCACACUGGAGUCGACUUCGCCGGCCCAUUCGAAAUAAAGAACUACACUGGCCGAGCCUGCCUUAUCACCAAAGGAUAUGUCUGCGUCUUCGUGUGCUUCAGCACGAAGGCGAUCCACUUGGAGGCAACAUCGGAUCUCACGACGGAGAAAUUCCUGGCCGCAUUCUCCCGUUUCAUCGCACGGCGCGGGUGUCCACACCAAAUGUACUCGGACAACGGGAAAACCUUCGUUGGAGCUGACAAAGUGAUCUCCAACGACUUCUUGGAAGCGACGAGGGAGUGCAUUAUCGCACAACACGCCCACAAGAGCCUAUCCUGGCACUUCAACCCGCCGGGCGCCCCGCAUAUGGAGUUGUCCACUCUUCUCGCUAAGAUCGAAGCCUGCCUGAACUCAAGGCCGAUUUCCCCUAUGUCCGAGGAUCCUGCGGACUUACUAGCGCUCACUCCUGGCCAUUUCCUCAUAGGUGGCCCUCUUAUUUCGGUGUUGGAACCACCAAUUAAUCAACCGGCCACCUCCAUCCUCAACCGAUGGCAGCGACUGAAGGCUCUUCACCAACAAUUUUGUUUCCGUUGGAAAGAUGAGUACCUGAAGGAGCUGCACAAACGGACGAAAUGGCAAUCCCCUACCCGGAACCUUCGGAUCGGUGACAUGGUCGUCAUAAAGGAAGACAACCUCCCCUCUAACGAGUGGCGCCUAGGACGGGUGCUGACGACGUGUCCAGGCACCGACGCCAAGGUCCGAGUGGUAGAUGUGCUCACGGCGCGGGGUACCAUCCGAAGACCCGUUGCCAAACUUAUCCUACUCCCGAUGGACAGCAAGACUGACCCCUCCACGUCAGAAGGACUGAAGGACGAAUAA